AUGGAAAACAGCAAGGGGACGCGUAGUAACGACUACUUAACAGUGGCGCUGCGAGGGCUUUCAAAGACUCUUUUCCCUAAGUGGUACGCAGCGGCACAUGCACCACCAUUCUAUGUCCCUUUGUUCAAGUACCAGCCGCUACCGGAUCCUACGCGUAUGAUUCGUCUCAUUACGAUCAAACCAUCGCCGCAUUACCAGUGGUACGAUCCCGAGCAGAUCAUUGUCAUCGAGACGAAGGCCGUGAUAUUGGAAGAGUGCCCAGAGCACCAUUCAUUUGUCGCGAUAAGUUAUUGUUGGGGAAAUCCAAACGAGACGUCGAAGAUCAUCUGCGAUGGGGCGGUGAUGACUAUCACAAAGUCACUACAUGAAGCCCUCCUGAGAUUUCGCGGUCGCUCGGAGCGGACCUUCUGGGCAGAUGCGAUUUGUAUCAACCAGACUGACGAUUCGGAAAAGACACAACAAGUCAGACUCAUGCGGCAAAUAUACGAAACUGCAUCGACGGUUGCCGUAUGGCUGGGAGAUGCGGGAGCGAAUUCCGAUCAUGAGAUAUUUCGAUAUCUUCCACAGCUUGACGAUAUUGGUUGGAGCUCCGUAGGCCAAUUUCUUCAGCGGCCGUGGUGGGGACGUAUGUGGAUCAUCCAGGAAAUCGCAGUGGCA